GUUCAAUUGCCGCCGACAAACACUCACACCAACAGAUCUUUGCCCAUUUUCUGGAAGGAAAAUGGCUUCAGGCUCUGCAGAUGAAGAUAAUUCUCUGCAGCCUUGCAAGCGCAAUACGCGCAGUCAGUCUCAACAAUGGAUGACCAAAGGAGGUCUGGUCCGUGAUGAUUCUGAUGACGAGCUUGGCGAUCAAGACCUUCCAUGGGAAUGGAUAUAUGACUCCGAUUCUGUCGAGGACAAAGAUGAUAUUUUGGCAGAAGCUCCAGAGGCAACACCGAGGUCAAACCGGAGACGCUCCUCCCGGCCUAGCACAAAGCCCCGACGACCAAUCGCUGGGGCCCGGAUGGGCUCGUUUGAAUGCAGAUUGGGUCAGGUUGUGCUGCUCAAAUCCCCAGAACCGGGCAAAGAUUGGGUAGGAAUCAUCACUGAGUUCUUAGAAGAAGAGGAUGAGGCGGACGGAGAGAUGGUCAAGUCGGUCAACAUCAUGUGGUUCGCUUCACCCGACGAAUUCAUGUCGACAAGGAAUAAGAGACGAGCAGAUGCUUUACCUAAUGAGCAGUACCUUACCGCUGACUUCAAUGUCAAUCCAAUUUCUUCUAUUAAUGGUAGAGCGACGGUAAUGUCCAAGGAUGCUUUCUUUGCCAAAUAUCCGAAUGGUGAUCCACCGAAAGGAAAGCAGGAAUUGUCAGACUACAACAAGUGCAUUGUCUGUCGUAGAGGCGUGAACCAACUUCAAGGGAGAUACACCGAAGAAUUUGUCUGGGAGGAUGUCUACCGAGAGGAUAAGCUCUUCGAUCUUAUCGCCAUGAUUAAAGACGGGCUGAAAAAGGCUAAAAAGCGGAAGCAAGUUGAUCAUGACUAUGUCGAUACGAAGGAAGAUGAAGACUUCAAACCCACGACACCGAGGAAGAGGCAGAGAUUGGCCGCGAAUGCCACACCACAGUCGCGACGUCAAAAGGCCCUGACCACCCCAACACAUAAGAGAAUCGUUGUCAAAAAGCCCCUUGAGUUUACACCGCUAGGCACUCGUGUUCUCCCCUCUUCCCAUUUCGCCUCCCCAUAUCGCCAAGCAAGAACUCUUUUGCAUGUCUCCACAGUCCCUUCUUCGCUACCAUGUCGGAAGGCUGAAUUUGAAACUGUAUACAAUCACCUUAGCGCGGCCAUCAUGGAGGGAACUGGAACCUGCAUCUAUAUCUCGGGCACACCUGGAACUGGAAAGACAGCAACAGUCCGCGAGGUGGUCGCGCAGUUGAACUCAGCCGUGCUUGCAGAAGAGAUGGAUGACUUUAUUUUCGUCGAAAUCAAUGGCAUGAAAGUCACUGACCCACAUCAAUCCUACUCGUUGCUCUGGGAAGCCUUGAAAGGCGAUAGAGUGUCCCCUUCUCAUGCGCUUGACCUUCUCGAAAGGGAAUUUUCGCAUCCAUCACCUCGACGUGUCUCAUGCGUUGUCCUCAUGGAUGAACUUGAUCAGUUGGUAACUAAAAACCAAUCUGUGAUGUAUAACUUCUUCAACUGGCCUGCCCUUCGCCACUCCCGCCUCAUUGUGCUUGCCGUCGCAAACACCAUGGAUCUGCCCGAGCGAACACUAAGCAACAAAAUUUCCAGCCGUCUUGGUCUCACCCGUAUCACAUUCCCUGGGUACAAACACACAGAUCUCAUGGAGAUCAUAACCACCCGCUUGGCCAAUAUUCCAGGGAACAUAGUCGACGCAGACGCUAUACAAUUUGCGAGUCGGAAAGUGGCUGCUGUCAGUGGCGAUGCUCGACGUGCAUUGGAUAUCUGCCGUCGAGCAGUAGAAAUCGCUGAACAGUCCAGCGAGGCAGCAGUAAAGGACCCAGCUCUAGAAGACGCAAACGGAGAUGAAGCCGAGUCCCUGCCGCCGACACCCAGCAAAACCCCCGCAAGAAAGGAGAGAUCGACCAACAAGAAGUCCUUGUCUCAGAAAGCCCAAUCACCCCAGGGGAAACCACCACAGAAACAAGGAAGUGUCACCAUCGCCACUAUCAAACAAGCUAUCCAAGAAGCAACUUCAACUCCGCUUCAGCUCUCUCUACGCUGCCUUCCGCUCUCCGCCAAACUCUUCCUUGCCGCUCUCCUAGCUCGUGUGAAGAGAACUGGAAUCACCGAAUCAACCUUCGGCGAUGUGCUCGACGAAGCAAAGCGAAUCGCAGACGCUGCAGUUGCAGUUGGCGGUGCUGCUGGCGCAGGUAUCAAAGAGUUCCUACUUAGCGGUGGCAGCGGUGCUCGCGUGCGUGCUUUGGGCUUUGCGGCUAUGGAACUAAUGAACUCCGGAGUUCUUGCUCUGGAGCACGGACCAGGCACGAAGGGGCCUUUAGGAAGCUCUGCCAUCCCCAGUAGAGGGGACAGGAGUGGGAAGGUCAGACUUAGGGUUGCAGCCGAAGACGUGAGGGCUGCGUUCCGCGAAGACAUCGAAGCAAAGGGAUUAGGGCUAGGCGCAGACCAGUAAAGGUC